GCGCCGAGGAGGGAGAUCCGAGCUGCGGGCAGUGGCCAUGGAAGACCUGGGGGAGAACACCACUGUGCUGUCAACUCUGAGAUCAUUGAACAGCUUCAUUUCUCAGAGAGUGGAAGGAGGAUCUGCACUUGAUGGCUCUGCCUCUGCCCAAGGUUCUCUGCAAAUGCAGUAUCAGCAGAGCAUGCAGCUGGAAGAGCGAGCAGAGCAGAUCCGGUCCAAGUCACAUCUCAUCCAGGUGGAGCGGGAGAAGAUACAGAUGGAGCUGAGCCAUAAGAGGGCCCGUGUGGAGCUGGAGCGGGCAGCCAGCACCAGUGCCAGGAGCUAUGAGCGAGAGGUUGACCGCAACCAGGAGCUCCUGACACGUAUCCGGCAGCUCCAAGAUCGGGAAGCUGAGGUGGAGGAGAAGAUGAAGGAGCAGCUGGAGCGCAACAAGUUGUGUAAGCAGAGCCUGGAUGCCACCACCAAGAAGCUGCGGGAGAAAGAGGAUAGUCUAGCUGAAGCGGGUGAGACCAUCAGUGCACUGAAGGGUCGGCUCUCAGAGCUGCAGUGGAGUGUGAUGAACCAGGAGAUGCAAGUGAAGCACUUGGAGUCGGAGAAGCAGGAGCUGAAGGAACAACUGGACUUGCAGCACAUAAAAUGGCAGGAAGCUAAUCAGAAGAUUCAGGAACUCCAGGCCAGCCAGGAUGUGAGGGCAGACCAGGAGUUGAGGAUUAAGGACUUGGAGCAGAAGCUGUCUCUGCAGGAACAGGAUGCUGCAGUUGUGAAGUCCAUGAAGUCCGAGUUGGUACGGCUGCCCAAGAUGGAGCGGGAGCUGAAGCAGCUGCGGGAGGAGAACGCCUACCUGCGGGAGACACGAGAGACCAACGGACUACUUCGGGAGGAAGUAGAGGGGCUGCAGCGCAGGCUGGGACGGCAGGAGAAGAUGCAGGAGAAUCUGGUCAAUCUGGAGCUGGAAAAGGAGAGGCUGCUGGCGAAACUGCAGAGCUGGGAGAGACUGGACCAGUCCACAGGCUUGAACAUCAGGACCCCAGAAGAUCUGUCCAGAUUCAUUGUUGAGCUGCAGCAGCGAGAGCUGAGCCUGAAGGACAAGAACAGCUCCAUCACGAGCAGUGCCCGGGAGCUCGAGAAGGCCCGGCAGCAGCUCCAGGACGAGGUCCGCCAGGUCAGCAGCCAGCUGCUGGAGGAGCGGAAGAAGCGGGAGACGCAGGAGGCGCUGGCCCGGAGGCUGCAGAAGCGGGUGCUGCUGCUGACGAAGGAGCGGGACGGAAUGCGUGCCAUCCUGGGAUCCUACGACAGCGAGCUCACCGCUGCUGAGUACUCGCCCCAGCUGACUCGGCGCAUGCGUGAGGCCGAGGACAUGGUGCAGAAGGUGCAUGCGCACAGCUCAGAGAUGGAGGCUCAGCUGUCACAGGCCCUAGAGGAGCUGGGAGGUCACAAGCAGAGAGCGGACAUGCUGGAGAUGGAACUGAAGAUGCUGCAGGCCCAGGCCGGCUGUGCAGAGCAAGGCUUCCAGAUGACCCAGGAGGAGACGGGCUGGCUCAGGAUGAAGAUUGAGGAACUGGAGGGGGAGCGGAGCCGUCUGGAAGAAGAGAAGAAGGCUCUGGAAGCACAGCUCGAGCGGUUCACCCUGCAGGGCGACUACGACCGGACAAGGACCAAGGUGCUGCACCUGAGCAUGAACCCGGCGAGCACCGCGCGGCAGCAGCUGGGCGAGGACCGGGCACGUCUGCAGGAGGAGUGCGAGCGGCUGCGGGAGCUGGUGCGUGGCCUGGAGCGGGGCGGGCCCCUGCCCGAGCACCUGGAGGCCGCCGCGGGGCUGCCGUCCUCCAAGGAGGUGGCAGAGCUGAAGAAGCAGGUGGAGAGCGCUGAGCUCAAGAACCAGCGGCUGAAGGAGGUUUUCCAGAGCAAGAUCCAGGAGUUCCGCAAGGCCUGCUACACGCUCACGGGUUACCAAGUGGACAUCACCACCGAGAGCCAGUACCGCCUGAGCUCCAUGUAUGCCGAGCACAAGGCUGACUGCCUCAUCUUCAAGGCGGCUGGCCCAGCGGGCGCGCAGAUGCAGCUGCUGGAGACGGAGUUCUCACGGACCGUGCCCGAGCUCAUCGAGCUGCACCUGCGGCGCCAGGACAGCAUCCCUGCCUUCCUCAGCGCCCUCACGCUCGACCUCUUCAGCCGCCAGACCAUGGCCUAGGGCCGCACACUCCACACACUCGCCGCACCGCGG